AUGUCAGACGUGUCAAAUUUAACAGAUUUACAAUGGGCAAAAGUAGCACGCUAUCCAUCUUAUACCGUUGCCCGAACCUGGGAUUUUUGGGGGCUUAAUCAGUACGGUACGUUCCUUAUUGAAUCAACGUCAACCGCAAAUGACGAUGAAGGACUAUCAGGCUUGUUUGGGAUAAAGUUUUCCACCCAUGAAACCUGGCCUAAUACAACGUUACCGGAAAACAAUGUCGUUCCCUGGGGUCUAAGAAAGCACCUGGGCUGGAUUAAAGAAAAGUAUGGAAAUCCAGAGAUUUACGUGACGGAAAAUGGAUACGCAGAGCCCAUGGGUGCCGAUCUUCGAGAUUACGACAGGGUGAAAUUUUACAGAGAUUACAUCAACGAGAUGCUAAAAUCUGUGAGCAUCGAUGGCGUCAAUGUGCGCAUGUACACGGCUUGGACGCUUCUCGAUGCGUUUGAAUGGAAGUUAGGAUAUACUGUCUCUUUUGGCGUGGUGGCGGUCAACUUUAGCGACCCAAGGAGACAACGGACCCCCAAAUUAUCGGCCUUUUGUCUCAAGCAAAUUUAUAAUGAUAAUGGAUUUCCUAAGUGA